UGCUCCCCUCGCCCUCCUCUUUUUCUCUCCUGUUAUCACACUCUCCUGGUUUUCAUUUCUGGCUAUCUGCCGGCCUCCAAGCUACUAACCGGCAAAAGACCUCAGAGGGAUCCAGGUCCAUGGGAGAAAUCCAGAUCUACAAGGCAAGCAAGGAUUAGGGAAGGAUCUGGAGAAUUCAAAACUGUCCUGUCUGAAGAGAACAGCAAAAGAAAAGGAAGGAGGGCAGUGGAAAAAGACAGAAAACCCUGCUUCUAGCUACAGCUGCUGAUUUGAUUCUGGGGAGUUUUGUAACGUUACUCACUCCUUUUUAUUUUAGCAUAUUCUUAUGGGGAUUUUGAAAGUCAAGGGCAAAGGUGAAGGAAGCGGACUGUUCGAAGGUUAAAGAGGAUCAGCCCAAACAAGAUUUCAACGCUGCUGGAACUUUUAAAAGUAUUCGCAGGUUGCUUGAAUGCAACUGUUCGUCACUUCUCAUCCAUUUUCAAGCGUUUGGGGAGGGAAAGAACUUUUUUGUCCCCUCCACGCUUUUUUAAAAAAAAACUCAACUGAGAUGAGGUGACAAGCAAGCCAGGCAACUGAAUCUCAACAUUUAGUUAAGUGUCAAAGGACUCUUUUUUAACAAAAAAUUGAAAAGGGAAAACUGUUCAUGAGGAAUUGAAAAAAAGAGCUAGGAGGAACUAUAUUAGCUGCUAGUUGUUAUUUAAACUCAGGGAUUCACCGCACUAAAUUAUUUUUUUUUACAUUAUCCAACUUCUUUUAUUUAUUAUCGGCAGGUCCUCUCCUCUUUUUCAUCUAGGGAUCAUGGCUUUCUCUCAGGUCCAAUGUCUGGAUGACAGUCACGUCAACUGGAGAUCCAGCGAAUCCAAACCAGAGUUUUUCUACAGUGAAGAACAGAGGUUGGCACUGGAGGCCCUCAUAUCAAAAGGUCCAGAUGCUUUCUAUGAGGUCCUCAAGAAGGAGAACAUUCGGGACUUCCUUUCAGAGCUGGAGCUCAAAAAGAUCUUGGAUACGCUGGAGACAUAUGACCCUAGUUCAGAGUUCAUCCCCCGUGGGGAUGAGAGUACUGACUUCAACAGCCAGAACGGUGAACAGAACCAAGCACCUUCUUUGGAAUACUGGCCAGAGAGGUCCGAUCGAUCCAUUCCACAACUGGACCUAGGAUGGCCGGAGACCAUCGCUUACCGUGGCGUGACCCGAGCUACCGUCUACAUGCAGCCUCCCAUCGACUGUCAGCCUCACAUCAAGGAGGUUGUCCGCAAGAUGAUCUUCCAGGCUCAGAAGGUUGUCGCUGUGGUCAUGGAUAUGUUCACAGAUGUAGACAUCUUCAAAGAUCUCCUGGACACAGGCUUCAAGAGGAAAGUGGCCAUCUACAUCAUCUUGGACGAGGCCAACUUGAAAUAUUUCCUCCAGAUGUGCGAGCGAGCCCAAAUGCACGCCGGACAUCUAAAGAAUCUCAGAGUCCGCACAACAGGGGGCACAGAGUUUUUCACCCGCUCAGCCACCAGGUUCAAGGGUGCCUUAGCACAGAAGUUCAUGUUUGUGGACGGGGACAAAACCAUGUGUGGCUCCUACAGCUUCACCUGGUCUGCUGCAAGAACCGACAGGAAUGUCAUCUCAGUCCUCUCGGGACAGGUGGUAGAGGCAUUUGACAAGCAGUUCCAGGAGCUGUACCUCAUGUCUCGGGGGGUCAACCUGAAAUCCAUUCCCAUGGAUGAGGAGCCGGAGCCAGAGCCCGUGAUCCUGCCGCUGCUUGCUCCCGUAAACCCACCCAUCGUGAAGAAAAUAUUUAAUCCCAAGUACGCCUUAGUCAAGGCAAAGAGUGCUGAGCAGAUCACCAACAGCAAAGCAAGCAGCGACAAGAAUAUCACUGAACAACAAAAGGCGGAAGCAAAGAAGAAAGCCAUCCCAGAAGGCCAGGUGUCUGAGAGGCCCAGUGACCUCAUAGAGAUAGCCCCACCUAUCCACCCGGGGCUUCUAAACCUGGAAAAAGCCAACAUGUUUGAUUACCUGCCAACUUGGGUCGAACCUGACCCAGAACCCGGGAGCGAGAUAUUGGGCUACAUCAACAUCAUCGACCCCAACAUUAAAAACAUUCAGCUGUCCCAAAUGAACCGCAUUAAGGUGUGCGACAUCUCCCAGGCCAAUGCCCAACGCAAGCAGAUGCUCAAAGAGAAAUCACAAGAGGCUAAAUGGAGCGAUGGCAAUCAGCCUGCUGCUUCCUCUUCUCAACACCAGCCAGUUAGUGCCUCUCCCUCAGUCCAAACCCUGGAGACUCCUCCUAACCCUAUAGCCAGCCCCACGGCAAAGACUCAUGGAAGCCCAAAGAACGAAGAAAUGUUUGCAACUUUGGCCAACAGUCAGCACUUGAAGAAACUGUCGGAAGCGCAACCUCAAGGUCAAACUGACAACAAGGGCUCUGCUCCUCCAGUUCCAAAGCCAAGGACGGUCCACGUGACAGACUUGAUCUCCAUGAAGACCGUACAUACCAAGGAGGGAGCUGCCACAACGGAGGACCCCCAAACGCAGCCGCAGGGGACCGACAGUGCAGACAGAACUCUCAGUGAAAAACCCACACAGAGAAGGAGCAGCAAUUUGAGCAGGCAGGCACCCAUGUCAGAAGAAAUAACUGCCUGCCCCAUGAACGGGGUGCAAGGGGGCGAGGCCGAAGAGGAAGAGGACUCUGUAACAUUAAGCGAUCACGAGAGUGUGUCCGGCAGCUCUGCCAACCACAGCCGCUGCCACUCUGACGCAUCCUCCGUCUCAGAUGAGUAUUUUGAGGUGAGAGACCACUCCGGGCUUCUGCGGAGGACCAAUUCCGACUUCCUCUUCAAUGGAGGCGGGCAUAGCCCUCAGCACUCCCCUCACUUGCAUAGGAAACUGAGUGAGCCUCAUGUGAGCCGGGGGAGCUUCGCGAGUCCUCUGGGGAGCCCCCAGCCAAUGCUAAGCAUGGGUCUGGAGGAGGCCUGCCAGAGGAGAAGGAGGAGAAGCAACAACGUGGAGGAGAUUAGGGACCCCAGAUAUUCUGCUAUGGAUCCAGGGUGCAAGUGUGCGCCAGAAGAGACAAAAGUGGCCCCCAACAGCAGAAAAGCCCAGGAAACAGCAAAUAUCAGCAGGAUGGAAGCAAGGCCAAAAAGCAUCGCCCAGGCCUGGCUGGCCAGCCAUGCUGGCAAAGCAAGAGCUUUGCCUGCCCCCCAAAUGCACAAGCCAACUGCUUCUCCCAAGGAAGGGGCAGCCCCUCGAGAGCAGCCCCCAGUGCGCUGUCCCCAUUCCAAGAAGGCCAGAGGGCAGUGGAAGAAAUAAGGACACCUUUUGGCAUCCCGCUGUCCAAACUGUCACAGUCCAAACACCUAAAGAACAAGGCAUCCCAGUUGUCCGAUUCCAAGCGGAGACACCAAG